CUCCUCCAGUCAUCAUCGGAGCUGCUCUCUCCAUCUAGCCGCUCAUCCAGCUCCAGAGCUCCGCCAGGAUGAUCCGCCGCCGCACCGACAACCUUCACUUCACUUUCACUCUCCUUUAACAGAGCCCUUCCUUCACCCAUGCUCUGCCUUCCUCCUGAGAUGCGACACCCCUGCCUAAUUUCCCGGACGAUAUCUUCAUUUUGCGUCGCUCCUCGCUGAUAGAGAGCAUGCCCGACGCGGGGACGGGAGGCGCUGCCGCCACCGGGAAUGCAACCACCUCCGGCGACGGCUCCGAGAGCUCCCGCCACCGACACCGAGCGCAGCAGGGGGACUCGGAGAGGCCGGAGCCGGGUUCUGCCCCGCAACAGAGCUCCUCGGGAGUCCUGGAGAAGUUGUUUGGGAAGCGCCUGCUGCAGGCCGGGAGACACAUCCUGUCUCAUAAGUCCUGGAUGAAAACAGUGCCAACGGAGAACUGUGAUGUCCUCAUGACGUUUGCAGACACAACAGAUGACCACACGUUGCUGUGGUUACUGAACCACAUCCGGCUUGGAAUCCCAGAACUUAUCAUCCAAAUCCGGCAUCAUAAGCACACCAAAGUCUACGCAUUCUUCAUCACUGCUACGUACGAAAACUUGCUACGAGGUGCAGAGGAGAUGGGUCUGAGGAAGGGGGUAAAGCCUGAGUUUGGUGGAGGAGCACGGAGCUUCUCCUGCGAAGAGGACUACAUCUACGAGAACAUAGAGAGUGAGCUGUGCUUCUUCACCUCACAGGAGAGACAAAGCAUCAUCAAAUACUGGCUGGACAAUCUACUGGCCAAGCAGGGCGAGGUUCUUCAUAAUAUCACCUUCCUGGAGGGCCAGCCAAUCAUCCCAGAGCUGAAUGCCAGAGGUGUGAUCCAACAGGUGUUUCCUCUCCACGAGCAGCGGAUCCUCAAUCAGCUGAUGAAGUCCUGGGUUCAGGCGGUCUGUGAGAAACAGCCUUUAGAUGAUAUCUGUGACUACUUUGGUGUGAAGAUUGCGAUGUAUUUUGCCUGGCUGGGUUUCUACACCACCUCCAUGUUGUACCCUGCUGUGAUCGGCUUUGUGCUGUGGAUGCUCACAGAGUCGGAUCAGACGAGCCGUGACAUCUGCUGCGUGGUGUUUGCGCUGUUCAAUGUGGUGUGGGCCACUCUGUUCCUGGAACGGUGGAAGAGGAGGGGAGCCGAGCUGGCAUACAAAUGGGGAACGCUGGACACGCCUUCUAAAUCCCUGGAGGAGCCACGGCCUCAGUUCCGGGGAGUGAAGCGCUGCAGCCCCAUAACAGGUUGUGAAGAGUUUUACUAUCCUCCGUGGCGCAGGCGUGUGUUCAGGUGGCUGGUCAGCGUGCCCAUCUGUAUCCUCUGCCUCUGCUUUGUUUUCCUCGUCAUGCUCAUCUGCUUUGAGCUCCAGGAGUUUGUGAUGGGGAUCAAGGAAAUGCCUCGGCUGGCUCGGUUUAUUCCAGAAAUCAUGCUGGCUAUCACUGUGAGUGCAUGUGACGAGGUGUACAGGAAAAUCGCCUGCUGGCUCAACGACAUGGAAAACUACAGACUCCAGAGUGCCUAUGAGAAAAAUCUCAUCAUCAAAAUGGUUCUUUUUCAGUUUGUAAAUUCUUAUCUCAGCCUUUUUUACAUUGGAUUCUACCUCAAAGACAUGGAGCGUCUAAAGGAGAUGCUGGCCACUCUGCUCAUCAUUCGCCAGUUCCUUCAGAACGUGAAGGAGGUUCUGCAGCCUUACCUGUAUGAGCGCCACAAGCUGGGGGAGCUCUCGCUGAGAGCCAUGUGGGACCUGCUGCUCUCCGUGCUGCUCAAAUAUGCCCGGCUGGCGGCCGGAAGGGUCCAGGCCUCUCCCAUGGACCAGACUGUGCCUGGACCUGGACUGAGAGGCACCAGAACUGGAGUGGGGCAGCCAGAACGAAGGGAGAAGAAGUGUUUGAACGGUGGAUGUGGAGUGCCUGAUGAGGAAGAGGGAGGAGAGCGGGACGAGGCUGAUAGCGGGAGGUUCAGUGAAGGAGAGACGGAGGAGGACAAUGUGAUUGACUGCGGUCUGAAGCUGAGGAAAGUCAGCUUUAUAGAGAAGGUGGACAGAAGGCCGGCCUCUGGUGGAGCCUCUUUGGAAAACAGCUUCCUGGAAGAAGGGAGCCCCACCAUGAUGGAGAAAGGAAUGGACCCUGCCUCUGUGUUUGAAAUGUGCGAUGAUGACGACGAUAAUGGAAUCCAUGAUGUGAAAGACUCGGGAGGCGGCAGCACCGAGGGGCUCAAUUCUGCCGCCGGCGCUGCUGCUGCUUCAGGCACCGCUGCCUCACCGCCAUCUGCCUCUGAGAGCGUCACGUUACUGCGUCACAGAAGAAGAGGCCAGAGCGUGGAGAGAACGGAGCCUAAAACCAAAAGGGAGUCAUGGAUGGAUCCUCCGGAAGAGAUGGAGAGCACUACGCUCACUCAGGCUGAGAUGGAGAGCUGCAUGCAGACUUACGCUGACACCUUCCAGGACUAUCAGGAGAUGUUUGUCCAGUUUGGCUACGUUGUGCUCUUCUCCUCUGCUUUUCCUCUGGCUGCCAUGUGUGCGCUCAUCAACAACAUCAUUGAGAUCCGCAGUGAUGCCUUUAAGCUUUGCACAGGGCUGCAGAGGCCUUUUGGAGUUCGAGUGGAGAGCAUUGGCCAGUGGCAGACGGCCAUGGAAGCCAUGGGCCUGAUUGCCAUCAUAGUGAACUGUUACCUGAUUGGUCAGUGCGGUCAGCUGCAGCGCCUCUUCCCUUGGCUCAGUCCUGAGAUGGCCAUCAUCUCUAUUGUCAUCCUCGAGCACUUUGCGGUCCUUCUGAAGUACAUCAUCCAUGUGGCCAUUCCUGACAUUCCUACAUGGGUCAAAGAGGAGAUGUCGAAACUGGAUUACCAGCGUAGGGAGGCUUUUAAGAAGCAUGAACGGCAGGCGCAGCAGCAUUACCAGCAGCUGCAGAGGAGGAAGAGAGAGGAAGAGGAGAGACAGAGGCAGGCGGAGCAUCUGGCGCGCAGGGAGAGGGAGCGGGAUGACAGCAAAGGUGACUCAUCCGGGGAUCAUCACCAUGACAAAAAUCACGGAACCAAAUCUCGUUCCGGAGGCAGCGGCGGUGGAGGGGGAGUAGGGACAAGCGGUUCCGACAAACCCAAGAGGCCCAGCUCCCUGUUGGCCAACAAUAACGUGAUGAAGCUGAAGCAGAUCAUCCCGCUGCAAAGUAAGUUCUCGUCAAGUGGAGCCCGCUCCCCUCAGUCGCCCACCGGCAGCGAGCCGAAACUACCCGGAUUUCUCAGCUUCAAGUUCCUCAAGUCCCCCGAGAAUAAGAAGGAAGGAGCCGCUGCCUCCUCCUCUGCUGCAGCCCCCACUAACGCUGCAGCACCUUCAUCAUCUUCAUCUUCAGGUAGCAGCUCUCAGGAGCGUUCCCAGUCACCCAGUAAGGCCUUCAACCCUGGAAAACUGUUUAAUUUUGGGAAAUCUGAAGGGGGAACAUGUGUGAACGGGGCUCCGCUGCCCAGACCUGGAGACGGAUCAUCGUCACAGACAUCAGAAAGACAAGCCUCCCGGUCCGACUUGAACGGCGUUCCCGAUGAAAUCCCUUCACCUCCAGGAGAGGGAUCUGAAAACGGACAUGCCACAGACUUGGACCCAGCCGGUUCUAAAAUGUAGCGGCUCAGGAGGGUGAAAACUACAUAUCAACCAGAGUUGAUGAGCUUACUGUGAGAAUAGGCCUGACGUACCUUUUGUGCUUUUAUAAGCCAUGAGCGGAGGUACUGGAAGCAACCAGGAAAAGAUGAAUCUGAUGAAAGAAGGCUGUUGUUCCAGUCUGCUUUCUUGCAAAGAGACAAAAAUAAUCUGGCUUUAUACGACAGACGUAAGCCCUUCUGUCAUGAGCGACUACAACACACUCACUCAAAUUCUUCCUUGUCUGCAAUACGUAAAGAAAUGCAUGAGCUGCGUUUCGACUAUUUUAAGCCUUUAAAGCAGAGAGCUAUGUUUCCUGGUUUCCUUUAGUCAGAAAUUGUAAGCAUUGGUGGCCUCACAUGAAAAAAAAACAAAAAAACAAAACAGCCUUUUGUGAAGGAUUUCGAUUAAAAACAAAGAUGGAACGAU